GCCAUGUGACAGACCGUAGAUGUAAACAGUUUGUGGCCCAUGUGUUUUACUCAUUUCUCAUAAUUCACAUCCUGAAAGUCCUUUUCUUUGCUGCAAUAAUGUGCAGCAGAAAAGCUUCAGAUAUGACCUGGAUUCGUUUGCGAAGACAAUCAGGUGAGCUGUGCUUGUUCUUCAAACUUCUUCGCCCAGAUAACAACUACAUGAUGGCAAGGAGGACGACUGAUGAUAAAUCAAGGGAUUCGAGAACCUGUGGUUUCCUUUGCCUCGGUCCAAUGAUGUUCCAUCACCGAGCUGUAGGAGACAGGAUCCACCUGAGUCACGGGUGUCGGCAUGCAAAGAGGGCAAAAGGAACCUUCAGAGAUGGCCUGGUGUUCAGCAAUCGCCCCGUGAGGGUCAAUGAGCGGAUUCGGUUGCGGAUCGAGAACGUCAUUGGCAGAUGGCACGGAGCCUUGCGAGUGGGUUUCACCAACGUUAAUCCAGAUUCCCGUAAUCUCCCACUGCCCAAAAUGGCCAUCCCCGACCUCACUUGCACCCCCGGACACUGGGCUACUGUCUUGGAUGAGACGUUCUGCAAGGCAGGAACAGAGCUGGAAUUCUGGCGGUCGUCCAAAGGCAACUUGUAUGUUUCAAACAACAUCCUCGAUGAGCACAGGCUACUGCCCAAAGAAAUCAACGUCAGAGGACCUCUGUGGGCCAUGAUUGACCUUUAUGGACAGACGUGCUCCAUUGUCCUCUUGGGUUCUGUGAUACGCGGAGGAUUUUUCGACAGGAAGUCAUGUAAGAUGUCGGUAGUGCCGCGCUCACCUGCUUUAGACCCAGGCUCCUUGGCGACUGAUGACUCCUCCCGUCUCAACUGGCCGGUGACAACAGAUGCAGAAGAACAGAUGAUCUGUGUGGUGUGCCUGGACAGACAAGCCCAAAAUCCUCUGCCUUGUGGCCACUGUUGCUUGUGUUUGAAGUGCUCUUUCAAAAUCUUUAAAUCUUUUGGUACAUGCCCACUGUGCCGGCAGAGCAUGGGGACGCCAGUGAUAAAUUGGGUGGCUGCCCCUUAGAGACAGUCUCUUAAGGCGCCUUCUUGUUCUGUAAAUUCUGUGAUUUGAUGUUGUAUUUCUUAAACAUGAACAAAAUACACUGAUUUUGAUCAAUAAUACAACACCUGCAGGGUUAUCUGUGUACUAUUGUUUUAGUCGCUUGGUUUUGUUUUUGAGUGGAAGGCAGAGCUUUGUUUGCACUGUUAAUUCUCAGGCAUGCAAUGUAUGUAUGUAUUUAUGGAUGUAUGUAUAUAUGUAUGUAUGUAAAUAAAUGUACACCUG